GACAAAGAAGAUUAUGUCAACAACUCUUGGCUUGCCUGACAAGAUCAAAUUCUAGCUCAUAUGGCCUAUUAACGUAGCUAUUUAACUUAUUAAAACUGAUAAGUUGGUCGAUAGAUGAAAUGUGGAGGUUGAACGUAGUCCGCCACAAAGCUGGUCGUCAUGGCAGCGACUUGGAGGAGUUCAAGUUCAAGAGGCGAGCACAUGAGAAAGGUGAGCUAGCUGAACGUUAGCUAGCUACCUUGCCAGCUGUGGUUAGACUUGACAAGCUACGCUCUCUAUAUAUUCCCUCUAUAACAUUGCUGUAUCUUAUUGUGAAAUUAAUACAAAACUUUAGAAACACUUGUUCUUUAUAAACUGAUGUAAUAUUUAUUCAAAGUAACCGGAGCCGUACAAAUCGUGCAUGGUGGUGGAAUUUCCUGGCCUCCAAGUAGUGAUGUCAUGUGCGCGGGAUGCGUGUUAACAUUAUCACAUUACAUACUAACCGUUCACCCGUAGUCAUUACAUAUACCAUAUAAGUAUUGUGCAGCUACGGUUGUCAUUGCUCUAAGUUGAUUUGCUGGGUCUCUCACUGUAGAGUUAAGACGGGCCCGGAAGGACAGACAGCUGGUCAGCAAGAGACUCCUGCUGAAUGAUGAUGAGGAGGAGGAUGGCACCAUGGACACACUGGCCAAUGAUCAGGUAUUGGGCUCUUGUAUAACAACCACUGUCAGAGAUGAAGAUUCUAGUCAGCAACCCAGCAGAGAAGCACAACAACUGUUAAUUGAAGGGUACUACUGAGUAUCACACAUGUUCUUUCCUGGUUUUCUUUCUCUCCCUAGGUGGUAGAGUUGUUCAAGAUGGUUCACCAUGGCAGGGACUUGGUGAAGAAAGAGGCUGACCUAAGAGCUCUGAGGAAAGCCCUCCGCAGCCCCUCAGCCCACCUCAUCUUCAUCAAGUAUGAAGUUCUCUCUCUCUCGCUCUCUCUCUCUCUCUCUCUCUCUCUCUGUGUGUGUGGGUACAUGUACAGUGUCUUGCAAAAGUAUUCAGACCCCUUGGAUUUCUUCACAUUUGAUUGUGUUACAAAGUGGGAUUAAAAUGUAUUUAACUGUAAUUUCUUUGGUCAACAAUCUACACAAAAUACUCUAAUGUCAAAUUGGAAGAAAAAUUCAUAAUAAAAAAAAAAAAAAGAUUUACAAAUAUUCUGUAACUAGAGAGCUGCCAACUCUCACGCAUUGGCCUUGAGACACACAUUUUACCCUCUUCUCACGCUCUCACGGUACACCUCUUAAAUCUCACGCAUUGAAAAGUACUGCUUUAAUUUUUCAAAUUCGUCCAUUGUAUUGUCAGCGCGUUAACUUUUCAACUGUGCUCCAACUCGUUUUGAAAUUGGAGCAUCUGCGCCUGCAAUUUAACAUCACGAGCGGAACCUGUAUCAUUGUCCUGCCUUGCCACAGCACUGUGAACGCGUAACAUUAUGUAAGGGAUCAAGAGGAUUGGAUGCAUGUUUUAAAGAAACGCCCCUCAAGAUUAGAGUGGAGCUGAAUGGAGAGAGAGAAGGUUCUCCACUGAGUUUAUAAAACUGUAAAAAGAGUAGCACUGUUUUAUGUACAGUGUUGUCAACAAAAUUAGGUUGCUUUUACUCCCGUCUCUAUUGCAGAAUGCAGCUUUUUGACAGCAUGUACUAAAGUCGAUUUAAUCCUCAUUUGCACUAGUCCCCUCGUUUGGUGAUUGCCAUUUAGGCUGUGACAACAAAAAGGCAGCAGACAGACCUACAGUAUGUUUUAGCAGGGACAUUUGGUGACCUGAUUUGUAACUAUGAAAAUAAUUUUGUCAAACAGAUUGUGAACCCAAAAGUUUAAGUUUGAUUCUAGAGGGGAGACAAUAAAUAUAAAAAUUAUUUGGUUAGGGUGUAGGGGCAAAUUUAUAUAAUCUUGUCUUCAGGAGAUUAUUAGGGUAAUUACUGUGCUUGUCAGAAAGAACACUACUGUUUCCCCCACACUUAGUGUAUUACUCCAUUUCUUCCACAUGUUGCUUGUGUAAACACAUAUUUGAACCUAUAUGCCUACUUGUCUUUCAAAAUGAAUUAUGAGGCUAUGUAUUUUUGCAGCCAUUCAUGGACAGUCUUGAAUAAGUCAUACAAAUAAUAAUAAUAAUAAUAAUAAUAAUAAUUAGUCAUUUAGCAGACGCUCUUAUCCAGAGCGACUUACAGGAGCAAUUAGGGUUAAGUGCCUUGCUCAAGGGCACAUCGACAGAUUUUUCACCUAGUCGGCUCGGGGAUUAGAACCAGCGACCUUUCGGUUACUGGCACAACGCUCUUAACCACUAAGCUACCUGCCGCCCAUAUAAGCGUUGGAUAUUAAAUGCUCCAGGAAUCUAAAAUAAUUUGACAUUUUAGUAUUGUGCACAUGCUAGGCAACUCAUAAACACAUCAUAUUGUGUCUAUGUAGAGUAAGAUGAUGGCAGGGAUCUUCAACUAGUAGGUAUAAACCACCUGAAUAUUGAUAUUCAUUUGGUUUUUCAUGAAGGUUUGGUGAUUUUGAGAAAUUAAGUGUUAUAACAACAACAUUUUCAAACACCCAGCACUUGGGAAACAUAAAUCAGGGGUGGCCAACCCUCCUGGCGAGCAAGCAGGAUUUUCUUCCUGCCCUAUUUUAAAGAGAGAGUUCACCCAAAUGACAAAAUACAAAAUGUUUGUGUCCUUACCUUGAAAGCAGUCUAUGGACAAGGAGACUGCAAUCUAUGAAUAGGUUAACCACUGCCAUCGACCAUUACUAUUUUCUGUGCAGAGCCUUGGUGUAGUGGUAACACUGAGAACAGGGAUCAAUCCCUGCUUCUAACCUUCCCACUGUUUCUAGUAUUUGCCUGUCUCCCUAUCUAAUUUAAUUAGUCUGAAUAAAAUGUCAAACCACCUAAAAAAAAUAUUAGCAUAGUUUACAUUUCAAUGUCGUCCAAUGUAGAAAUGAAUGAGUAGGUGUGUCCAAACCUUUGACUGGUACUGUAUAUUUUUUCCGCUUUGACAUUACAGUAUUUUGUGUAGAUUGUUGACAAAAAAUGACAAUUAAAUCAAUUUUAAUCCCACUUUGUAAAACAAUAAAAAGUGAAGAAAUCUAAGAGGUUUUUUGAGAGGGACUGUAUAUAUGUGUAUAUAUCAGUAUGGGCCUUCAUUUCUCGUCUCUGUCUGUCCGUCCCAUCUGUGCUCAGGCAGCAGAGCAGUAUUGCGAUCCUGGUGACUAACCUCAGUGGCCCCAACCCUCAGUGUCGUCUGGAGGCUGCCCGCUGUCUCCACGAGCUGUCCCACUCCCCCCACCACGAGGUGGACUCCUGGAGGCUCCGACAGGCCACACCCUACCUGAUCACCUUCCUCUCUGGACAGAGCCCCAAGUUCACUGUCAGUCCCACAGCUCGUACACAGCACCUUACAACAGUCUUUUCAAACAGCCUAGUGAAGUAUUACAGUAUAUGUUUUUCUCACUUUUGUAUGUUGUGUGGGUGUGUGUUUCUCUACAGGAGCUGUGUCUGUACACCCUGGGUAACAUGUGUCCAGACAGUGAGAAUGUGAGAGAUAUGCUUCUAGCUCAGGGCAUCAUACCUGCAUUGACCAGCUGCAUCCAGGUCAGCUACAAACCUCUGUACUGUCUGCCAAUGGACCAACCUGCAAUUGACUCCUUAUAGCACACUAUAUUCGUGUUUGUGUGUGUAGAUCCACAGGACAAACCUGGCAGUGGUUGAAGCAGUGGGGUUCACCCUCUCCCAGCUCAUCUCAGCGAACCACGUCACAGGGAGAAUCAUCCCGUAAGUUAACAUCAUGGUUGUAGCUAAACUGAGGGAUAAUAUUAUACUAUACUAUAGAAACUUCAUCAGACACCAUUCAGAGACGCCAUUGAGUGAUCCCUUCAUAGUCAGGGCUAUGCUCUCCUCUCCUGUCCGUUUGUCUGUAGGGCAGUCUUGGCGUCUGGUUUGAUCCCUCACCUCCUCUCAGUGUUGACCCCUGACUCUCAGUUUGGCCUGGGACCAGCCAUUGAGUGUGCCUGGUGCCUGCACUACCUGGCCUGCAGGUCAGACACUUCACCUUAGAAUCAGGUUCGUCCCAAAUGACACCCUAUUCCCUUUAUAGUGCACUACUUUUGACCAGAGCCUAAUGGCCCUGGUCAAAAGUAGGGGACUUUGUAGGGAAUAGGUUGCCAUUUCGGAUGCACACUAUAUCACCUUAACCUGGGUGUAACGUGUCACCCAGGAGGACCAGUUACUCUGUCUGUCUGUUGUUGCCAUGGAUUUAGUAAUGAUUCCUUUGUCUGUUUGUUGCUCUCUUGUCUAAAGCAACGUGGACAAUGGGGCACUGGUGGCCCAAGGGACUCUUCUACAGUGCACUUCCCUCCUGGUGACACUUGGUGGUGCUGUUGCUAAAGGAAGUACAGAGGAGGGAAUGGAGCUGGUGAGUAGUCGCUGAAUCCAAACUCAGUUACUCUUCCAAACAAUACAAGUACAUGUGUUGUAACUGUGUGGCUGAAAGGCACCAACUGCACCAGAACGCAAGGAAUCCAUUUGAUGAGAUGAAUAGAUAUGUAGAUAACCUAGGCUACUGUCAUAAUCUACACCCCCGCCCUCCUUUCUCGCUCUCUCCUCUCCAGUUGAUCUGGCCCCUGCUGCGCUGCGUGGGGAACCUGCUGUUAUCUGGGCCCCUGGGGGCCCUGCAGCCCCAGCUAAACGAUAGCCGUCUCCUGGCUGCUCUGUGUGCGUUUUCUCAGGCCUUCCUCCAGACCCACCCAGCCCUGGCCAGAGAGAGCAUCUGGGUCCUUAACAACCUCACAGGUGAGACAAGGCUGUGUGUGUGUGAGAGAGAGUGAAUUGACUCAUGCAUCUGUUUGUGUUAUAAAUCUGUAUAGAUAACUGCUUGUCAUAUAAAGUGACCAUAUUUUCAGCAGCGGUAAUACAUCACUCCCUUCACACUCUGGAGCUCGGCCAUAUUGAAUGCUUGUGUUAUAUCCAUCAUAUCAUAAAUGUCAACUCAUUCAAACAUGAUUGAUUUAACUCCUUUGACGGGACACAUUUAUCAUUUGACCUGGCCAGGAAAAGUUACAGCAUUACUGUAACUGGUCAGGUUUUUCCUGGUCUGGUCACGUAGGCGGCGGCAGGUAGCUUAGUGGGUAAGAGCGUUGUGGCAGUAACCGAAAGGUCGCUGGUUCUAAUCCCCGAGCCGACUAGGUGAAAAAUCUGUCGAUGUGCCCUUAAGCAAGGCACUUAACCCUAAUUGCUCCUGUAAGUCGCUCUGGAUAAGAGCGUCUGCUAAAUGACUAAAAUGUAAAUGUAAAUGUAGUCAGGGCAGUAGCAGUGCGUGGGUAAAAUGACUGGGGAAGCCAAGCCAGGGGAAAAAAGCCAUAUUACAACCUAUGUGUUGUGAUAAUUGCGUUGUUUGCUCUAUAACCUGUUAGUUCAAAUUCAACCACACCUUUGUUUCAAUGCCGUCCUCCUCUCUUUCAUGUUGCCGAAACGGUCUAUGACUUUGUCAUACAGUACAUGCUUUUAAUUGUUGUCCUAGGCUACCUGGCUAAAAUGCUUACUCGCUAGCCUAACUUCAUUUCAUGGGCAACGAUUAGCCGGCUAGUUAAAAUUAGCCUACUACGUCUAGCUACAUAUUUGACUUCCAUCCUCUCAGGCCAGUCAGGAAUCUCUCUCCUCUCUACCUUCUGCUCUCUCUCGCUCUCUCUCUCUUUCUCUCUGUGUGUGUUUUCAAAGCUUCUGACAAGAAGGAUGAAAGUGAGCAAAUUAGAGAAUAAAGUAGGAAAGGUACAUUUCGUGAAGAAAAUGUGUGCGCUUGCUUCAGCUGACUUCUUCAUAGUGGAAGUCUCCAUCUCUCUCUCUCUCUCUCUCUCUCUCUCUCUCUCUCUCUCUCUCUCUCUCUCUCUCUCUCUCUCUCUCUAUCCGCUGCUGCAGACUUCAGUGUGUUCUGCCCUGCUCUAUCUGAUUGUGUACUGUAACUGGUCAGGUGUUUCCUGGUCAGGUCACGUAGUCAGGGCAAAAAAAACAUGCCCCUAAGUAUGUCAUUAUUGUGUCUUACUCUGUGGUACUGUUUCCUUGAUAUGAUUUUUAAUCUCCAGUUUACAUGAUGUCAUUAUGUACAGUGUACAUAAUGUCACAUAAAGUUCCGCUUUUUUCAGCUGAACUUUAUGUGACCUCUGAUAACCGGUCAGGAAUCUCUCUCCUCUCUACCGUCUGCUCUCCCUCUCCUAUUCCAUCUCUCUCUCCCCCCCUUCCCCUCCAUCAGCUGCUGCAGACUCCAGUGUGUUCUGUUCUGCCCUGUUCUAUCUGAAUCUGGUUCCUACUCUGAUCCAGCUCCUGCCCUUCUCCCACGGCAUCAACAUCAUGGUCAGUGCACUGACGCUUCUGUUCAUAGUAGUAACAUUGUUAUCAAGCCAACACUUCCCUGAAAGGUGACUUACAACUUACUGUUAAUACAAAUUUUUCCCAGUAUUAUUUGGCCCAUUCAACCUUGAUGUGGGCAGCAUUAUGCUUCUACAUCCACUGCUCCAAUCCACUGAGCCAUACACUAUAGACAUCAGCAGUUUUACUCGGGUUAGGGAAAGGAUGUGACAUUUAGAUUGAAUUAAAAUCUUUCUCCCUCCUCACCCCCAACCCUUUCAGGUGCUAAGGGUUCUGGCUAACAUUGCCCAUCAGGGGAGAGAGUACUGUCUCCACCUGGCUCAAGCUGGCCUGCUGCCUGCUCUCUGUGCCACACUCAAGAUGGCCGACUCUGAGGUGGUGACCUUCAGCCUGGAGGUGCUGGGCCAGCUGGUGGCCAGUGACCCACAGGUAGGGAAGGCUCCCAACACCCCGCCACACUAAAGAUGGCUGCCUGCCAUGCAGAUGUCAUAGUUUGUUGUUAGCGAUAAACAAUGUUUAAUAUGCUGUCUUAGUCUUGCAUUGUUUAUAUGCUGUCUUUAAUGUAUGGAAAAAGGGGGCUGUAAAUGUGAUAUCUGGCAGAAACAGACUAGCACAGGCAGCUAGAGGAUGACUUCGAUGAAGCAGUGGUUCUUCUUCUCAGCUGGCAGAGGAGUUUGUGAGGCAGAGUGGACUCCCGGUGCUGGAAGCCAUCCAGUAUAGCAACCAGGAGACCAUCCGCCUCAGAGCAACCCACCUGCUGGAACAUCACCUGCCCCCACACUGCACGGUGAGGACUCUGCCCUGACACAGGCCGGGUGUGUGUACAUCUGUACGUGGGUAUACAUAUACACUGAGUGUGCAAAACAUUAAGGACACCUUCCUAAUAUUGAGUUGCAUUCCCCCCCUUGCCCUCAGAACAACCUCAAUUUGUCGGGGCAUGGACUCUAGAAGGUGUCAAGCGUUCCACAAGGAUGCUGGCCCAUGUUGACUCCAAUGCUUCCCACAGUUGUGUCAAGUUGGCUUGAUGUCCUUUGGGUGGUGGACCAUUCUUGAUACACAAGGGAAACUGUUGCGCGUGAAAAACCCAGCCACGUUGCAGUUCUUGACACAAACCGGUGCACCUGGCACUCAGUGUAUGUGUUUUAGAGUACAGACAUUUAUUAAUGCUUUGUUUUGUUGUUAAAGGUGGAUACCUCUGCAUCCCCAUGAGGAGCCUACUGAACGGGAUAGCCACAAACCCAAGACUUCCAAAUGUUUUAAACAGGUCUACUCAGAAAACCUACUAGUACAUUUCAAAAGUUUUUAUACAAUUAUGUGAAGAUGUUCAAAUGUAAAUAUGUGCUGGAUAUCAAUAGGAUGUUAUUUUUACACUGCUUUAAUAAAAUGCCAAAUUAAACCAACAGAAUAUGAUAUCUUUGGAGCCUCUUGUUUUUGUUCGAUUAGUACAGCAGGUGUGCGUGUGAGUGACUCAGUAACCUUGUCCCCAAGCUAAUUGCGCAUAGCGAGGAAGUGUCCAGUGAACAAGGUUAGUGACUCAACAGUAAACAUACACACCUGUUCGCAUCAAUCAUUAGGUUGAUAACUGUUGAUUACUUCUGAUUAAAUUACUUUUGUCUGUGUUGUGUGUUUCAGACGUCUAAAAGCCCUUGACUAUCCCAGUGGUCAGAUAGCCAAGGAGGCCGGCAGGGUAGAGCCUGUGUGAAGUAG